AACACAAGCGUCAGUCUAGAAUCGCGCGCGAAACGACACGGUCGCGUCAAACGGCGGCGCCAUCUUGUUAAAAAAUACGGCCAUAGUGCAUUCCCGCGUUUUACCCUGUGAACUGUCAAACUGUGCUAUUUUCCCGUAAAACUAAUUUGUGUUAUAUUUAGUGUUUUUUUAUAUAAACAAAAAAAAACAAAACUGUCAACAAAACACAACAAUUUGGACAUAACAAAACAUAACCUAAAAAUCUUAUAGUGAUCGUGUAGAAUAAAGUAUAAAAUACUGUUUUUCAAAGAGAAAUGUCAAAAUAAUUUACCGCAAUGGACAAAAUUGUUAAGAGUGUUAAAUCCUGGCGUCAUCCCAGGCCUGCUGAGGAGUUGUCGAGGAGUCAGUACUCCUUGGUGUCCACCGAUCUUACUGAUGGAGCUGUUCAAUUGUGGUUGGGGCUGCCUGAUGAAGUGAAGUAUGAUCCAGCCCUAGAGCAGUUCAGGCAACAUUAUGAAAAGGAACAUGGAGGCAAUGGCAAUGGGGUACCUCGUAAGUCCAAGAAUGGCUCCACGAAGCGACUACCCCUGGUCAACUCCGCACCGCACCUCAACAACAACCUGCAGCUUCCAAGAGACGAGGUCGUGUUCCUCAACACCACCUCUAAGUGCCCUUCUAUUGAUGAGAAGAAGGAAAAGAUACUUGAAGAAGUUCCCGAACCAAAAAAGCCUACAAAGACCGCUCGAGCCGGACACUUGGUGAAGAUGACGAUGCUGGUGGCUUGCUGGAUGUUCUUUACCAUCGUGUUUCUGCUGUACAAUGAGAAGGAGGAAGUCACCAGGCAUUCUUCUGUCGCGCCUGGAGAAAUUAAGAGUUAUCCUCUACACACGGCUCAGGAUCUCCUAUCAAUAUCCCUAAAGCUCACCGGACCAUUUUUAUCAGAACAAAGUGAGAAGAAAUUGAAUGCCAGUCAAAUGAUGAACAUGGGGAAAAUGGACGUAUGGGUGGAGGGGGUCGCAACUGCUCUCAAGAAUGAAGUUAAUAGGUCCCCUCACUGGACAAUCAUGUUGGAUCCCGAAGAUGAGAUAGAUUUCACGGAGGGUGAGACUCGGACCACCGUCCUCAAAAUGGACGCGAAUCCAGGACCUAAUGCUAGUUACUUCUUAAAGAUGAAGACCAAUGUGAACACAACGACCCCAUUCGCGUUGAGUUAUACGAUGGACCCCCUGGAUAUCUCUACUGGGGUCAUCUAUGCCUGUGUGCUUUUGGGGGCCCUCUAUGUGCUGAUUAUUUUUGAGGUUAUAAACAGGACGAUGGCAGCAGUUCUGAUCUCCACUACAUCAUUAGCAGCUUUAUCCAUAGCUGGUGAAAGACCGACGCUACCCGAGCUGAUCUCCUGGCUGGAUGUGGAGACUCUGCUCCUACUCUUCAGUAUGAUGCUGUUGGUCGCCAUCAUGGCAGAAACUGGACUGUUUGACUUUCUAGCUGUUUUUACUUUUGAGGUAACAAAAGGCAAGAUUUGGCCAUUAAUAACCCUGCUGAGUGCGAUCACGGCGAUUAUAUCAACAUUCUUGGACAACGUGACGACAGUACUGCUUAUGACACCAGUCACAAUUAGAUUAUGCGAAGUGAUGGAUCUGGACCCCAUACCAGUGUUGAUGUCCAUGGUACUGUUCAGUAAUAUUGGGGGCACUGUGACCCCAGUCGGUGACCCCCCAAAUGUCAUCAUCGCAUCCAAUAAAGCUGUUAUUCAGUCGGGCAUCAACUUCACCAACUUCACGCUGCACAUGACGUUCGGUAUCCUGCUGGUGUGCGUGCAGACGUACUUCCAGUUCCGGUACAUCUACAGGGAUACUGACAAGCUGAGGCUGAAUGAGCCACGGGAUAUUCAAGAUCUCCGACAUCAGAUUUCAAUAUGGCGGCGAGCAGCCGAUUCCCUUCCUCAUCUGAGCAGAGAUGAGCUGGUGGUCAGGGAACGGCUGGACCGCAAGGUUCGGAAGCUGACGGGCAGGCUGGAGGCGCUGGUCAAGGAGACCAAGAUCAGAGCCUGUCCCAAGGAGUGCUUCGAGACCAUGCUGGCUGAUAUGAAGGAUAAGUACAAGAUUCGAGACAAAGUGUUACUCGUGAAAUGUACGGUCGCCAUCACAUUCGUAGUCACCGUGUUCUUCCUGCAUUCGCUGCCUGAGUUCAACCGAGUGUCCUUGGGCUGGACGGCGCUGCUGGGCGCACUGCUGCUGCUGACGCUGGCAGACCGCGAGGAUCUGGAGCCAGUGCUGCACAGGAUCGAGUGGUCCACACUGCUGUUCUUCGCCGCACUCUUCGUACUCAUGGAGGCGUUGUCAAAGUUGGGUCUCAUUGAGUACAUUGGAGGGUUGACGGAGAGCGUCAUCCUUAAAGUGGAUGGGAACGCGAGGUUGGCAGUGGCCAUCUUAUUGAUGUUGUGGGUCUCCGGACUAACAUCAGCCUUCGUGGACAAUAUACCGCUGACCACGAUGAUGGUGCGAGUGGUGACCUCUUUGGGUAACAAUCCCACCCUCAACCUGCCCAUGGCUCCCUUAAUAUGGGCGCUGUCAUUUGGCGCCUGCUUAGGAGGAAACGGCACUUUAAUCGGCGCCAGCGCAAACGUGGUAUGCGCAGGAGUGGCUGAACAACACGGGUACCGAUUCACCUUCCUACAAUUCUUCAAAAUAGGUUUUCCUAUAAUGAUAGGUCAUCUAAUAGUAGCUUCAGGAUACCUAAUGCUAUGUCACUGUGUCUUCCAAUGGCAUUAGAAAGAGAUAAAACAUGUCGGAAAGAGACAGCAAUACUUUUGAGUAUUUUAGACUAUGUUUGGACUUGUUUAAUUUUAUUUAUCGUUGUUUUGUGAGAUUUUUGAACGUACGUUUAGUAGUUAUGUGAUUUAAGAUUUUAUUAUGUACUUAUUACGAAGCUGCUAGCUCUCAUUUAGAUUUUCAGGUCGAUAUGUUAAUAGGAGAUCGGUAAAUUUCAGUAGCAAAUGUCUCUUUUGUUAUUUAUUCAUAUACAUCAGGCGACGAAGGCCCAUAUUAAUACAAUAAUACUGUACUAAAACAUAUAAAAUACUAUAAAUAUGUAAUUAUGCACUUAUUUUUUGUGGUCACACGAUGUGACGAUGCCUGUCACGUUAAAUCUGCCUCGAAAACAAAGUAUUUAUUUCAAAUAGACCCAGGCGCUUUUGAUCGUCAAAGCAAAUAUAAUAAUAUUAAUAACGUCUGUCUGUCGGUCAGUCUUCUAGUAAAGCUAUUUAAACGUACCAAAGUGUAGAUUCCUAUGUAGAAGAACGAGCAAGAAACUCCAUGGGUUAAUCAAAAUUCGUUCAGCAUUAUUGAGUAACAAACAAGAUUUCAGGUAGGUUUUGUCAUUACCGUGAUUUUUUUAUGAAAUACAUACUACUGUACUGUACUAUACUA